GGAAGUGAGACAGUCGGUCCACAGCGGAGCGUUUCAGGCAGGCACACUAUCGGCUCUGUGUAUUUCACUCUCUUUUCAUUGUCACCGCCGUUUUGUGUGGGUUUGUAGCACAUUUAACGAGGCAUCUAAAGCAUUUCAACUUCCAUUAUGACUGCGCUAUGUUACAAUAAGGGAUGUGGACAACGUUUUGAUCCAGAAAAUAACCCCGAAGAUGGGUGUACCUAUCAUCCAGGAGUCCCAGUGUUCCAUGAUGCAUUAAAGGGCUGGUCCUGCUGCAAGAGAAGAACUACUGACUUCUCAGACUUCCUCAGCAUUGCUGGCUGUACAAAGGGGCCCCAUAACAAAGAGAAGCCCCCAGAGCCGGUAAAGCCAGAUGUGAAAUCGUCUGGAGAAAAGAAAGAGGCAGAGGAACUGAAACCAAAGUUUAAUGAGUACAUCAUCUCAGCACCAAAGCCCAUAGAUGCAAUAAACAGACCGAGUCCCGAUGAGCCGAUGGUGAGAUUGCAGCAUAAAGUCGCCUCUUCUCUAAAAACAGCUCUAGAAAAGUUGAAGCUGUCGGAGAACACGGCUGAAAAGAAAGAGGAAGACAGCGACGAGAUCAAGAUUGGAACUUCCUGUAAAAAUGGAGGCUGCACUAAAAGCUUUGAAGGUCCUACAAGCGAUUCAGAAACUUGCACGUACCACUCUGGAUGCCCAAUCUUCCAUGAAGGGAUGAAAUACUGGAGCUGCUGCAAGCGGAAAACGUCUGAUUUUAACACCUUCCUCUCCCAGGAGGGCUGUACCAAGGGGACACAUCUAUGGAGGAAAAAGGAUGCGGGUCUCAAAGUUGUCCCCUGUCGGUUUGACUGGCACCAAACAGGAGCACAGGUCAUCAUCUCAAUCUACGCCAAGAACUCCAUCCCAGAACAGAGCUAUGUGGACGCCAACAGUACAACUCUCAACAUUCACGUUAUAUUUGAAGGAGAGAAGGAAUUCCAGCAGAAAAUCAGCCUCUGGGGAGUGAUUGACGUCAGCAAGAGUCAGGUCAACAUGAUGGCGUCAAAGAUCGAAAUCGCCAUGAAAAAGUCAGAGCCAAUGUCUUGGGCUCGCCUGGACCUCCCGCCUCCCACUGCGCCAAAAGACACUGAGCAGAAAAAAGAGGCAGAAAGUGAGGAAGAAGAUGAAAGUUGAAAUUACCAAAAAAAAUCUUUGUAUAUUUUUAGCUGGAUACAAAACUGUGCGGUCCAUUUUUCACUCUUCCAUAAGUCAAAAUCUUUACCUUGUUCAUUUUUGCCCUCUGCUUUUCAGCACUUCAGUGUUAGGACCAACUUUUAUUGUAGUGUUAUUUUUAUAAAGUACGUAGUUUUCAAAAGCACUCAAUGAGAUAAAAACACUUGUAGGAGUCAAGCAGUGGUCCAGUGGUAUCUACUUAUCUUUGCUCUGUGCCCAGACAGAGCAGGAGUGUGCAGACGCUUUGACCUGUAAUGCUACAAUUAAUCAUUUUCUCUUGCUUUGACCCAAUAUUGACCUUUUCUGACAUUUUCAUGGCAUAAGAGUAAAGCUCUCUUAGUCAUUUGCACAAUACUGCAAAAAAAGUUUUUGUUCUUCCACUUACUUCGUUUUAGGUUAAAUGUGCACUGAGUAACUUUUUUGAUUGUCUGCCACCUGCUUGUCUCCAUGUAGAUGAUCAAUUUCUCCAUUUAGCAUUUAUUCAAUUACAGCUGUCUAAACAUACAUUGAAAAACAUGCAUAUGUGAGCUGGCUCUCCUCUCUACAGAUGGACAGGUGGGAAGAGAAAAGUUUGAUGGUUUUAUUCUUCCUGUUUUACACCACUCUGCCUUCACUAAUUAUGAUGAUAUAAAAGAAUAUCCUGUAUUAUCAUUUAUGAUAUAAAUGAUAAUACAGGAUAUUAUCAUUUGGAUAUGCAGAUUCUUUAUAAUCCAUUGUCCCAAAGGUUAUUGUUUUUAUGUUAUACCAUGUACUGUAUUCAUAAACACACUGUAUGCCUGCCACAGUUAUGUUUUUUAUUAAACAAAAGGGAAACAAUCUAAAGAUCCGAUCAAAGAUCACAGAAAUCCCUUGAGUAUUGAUUGUAUUGAUCUGUAAUCAUUCAACAUUGAACAUUGAUUCACUCUGUAAAUUGCAUGCUGUACAAAAUUGUAUUUUUGUUUCCAUUGUUCUAUAUUAAUUAUAAUUUACAUUUAUUUUCUCAUCAGAAUGUAAAAUAUGUGAGAAUGCUGAAAAGUACUGUAAAAUACUGUAUAAUUUGCAGCAGCAUGCAUCAGAGUGCAGAAUGUAAUGUACAAAGACCAUUGCCUGUCUCUAUUGGGAUCAUUUAAAAACAAAAUACCCAAAAUAAACUUUUGACAU